AUGACCACUCCCGCGAAUGGAAGAGCCACGCGCUCGUCGCUCGCCUGCCUCCCCUGUCGCUCGCGACAUUUGAAAUGCGAUGGGAAGCGACCCUGCUGCAGCCGUUGCGCCGAAGCCGCGCAAGACUGUCACUAUGCGCGAUCGCGUCGCGGCGGGCUGGACCGAGCGGCGCUAGCAGAGCGUCGCAAACGACUUGCGGGGACGGGAAAUGUCAUGGCCACACUCGAUAAUAAUCCAAAUGUCCAGGGAGAUUCGGGGGCACCGACGCAACCUGCGCUGUUCGAUAUCUCCUCCUACCCCAUUGACGCCUCGGCGAGUCUCGCUGACGGCAGCUUGCUCGACGGGGUCAUUCUUAGCAAUGCAAUAUCCAAUAUCGACUCGCCGGGAUCAACGGCCUCCUUUCAAGUGACAAUGGAAAGCAUCGAGAAAGAUACAUUGAUCGAUUCGUAUUACAAGAGUUUCCAUAAGUUCCAUCCAUUUCUCCUACCGAGACGACACAUGAUCAGGCAUUACCAGGAUCCGAGCAAGCAAGCGAACCUCAGACCAUUGAUCGCGGCCAUGCGCUUGAUUGGAUACAUAUACAGCUUCCGGGAAUGGUCAGCCUCAUUGAAAGACCACGUGGAGACCUGUUUCGCUCAGGCAACCCUGUCAGAUCCAGUCAUGGCCCAGGGUCGCCUACUAUACUCGAUCGCCCUGUUUUGGUACGACCAUAAGAAUCACGCCAAGACGGAAAUCGACGCGGCCAUACGACUUGCCCUUGACCUGCAUCUUUUUCAGGAGGAAGUGUCGGCAGUAUACGGGGCCGAUGACCCGGUACUCAGGGAAAGCUGGCGACGAACCUGGUGGAUGUUGUACACGAUCGAUGCAUACUACGCGGGGACGCUGGGGACCAUGGAGUUUCAAGUCGUGGACGUGGAUGCAACCGUGGGGCUUCCUUGCGAAGAGCAGGAAUACGAGUCGGGGGUAGGUUGUCACACCUUUCUGCUGAGCGAAAUCCCAGCCUUUUCUCUUUUCACUGUCACGAACACACCACUGACCUCGCCGACUUCUUUGCAGGUGGUACCCGAUCCCAAGACCCUACAGGAUUUCGAUUGUCGGGAAUUUGCUGCCGAAGAUGCGGUAUUUUCAUCCUUCGCAUAUCUUGUUGGCGCUGUCAGAUGUGUUGCAUUGGCAAUAUCAACCGUUCCGAAACAUGCCGUUAAAGAGGAUUCGACACACGUAAUACAGGCCGCCGACUCUGCCCUGGAUGGGUGGCUUCUUUUGUUACCCAAAGAUCGCAAGCAAGUCCUGACAAAAACGGGCGAAAUUGAUGAGUUGAUGUUUCAAGCGCAUUUACUCAUACAUGUCGCAACUAUUGGCAUCCACCGUCCCCUUUCAGACCUCAAGUUCAACCCUGUUGAGGAUGUCUCCAGCUGCGCUCGACAACCACCCCCUGACACCCCCAUCCCGGAACUCGUGAACGUACAUACCGUCCGAGUGUUGCGAGCCGUAGAGGCACAGAUCCGUCUCCUGGCUUUACCCGUUCGACCAUUCCGUCAUACUCCAUUUACAACGUGCAUGAUCAGCGAAGGCACCUUGGCACUACUUUCUGCCUGUCAUUUCCUUCUGAAAGGCUCGAAGUUGGCGAUUGCGAGGGAUCAGAUACGAAUGACAAUCGGAUGUCUUAAGGCAUUGGGGGAAUAUUGGCCAAGAACCGCACGAAAUGUCCGGGAGAUCCAGACAAUCGCUCAUCACGUCUUACGACUUGGGUCCAGAAUUACGAGCAGCAACGAUACACCAAAGACUACCGACUUGCCACAACUCUCUGAUGGCGAUGGGCAGGGGAGUUUUGGAUCAGAAGGGGGAACAUCCAGUAAUGAUACUGACAUCCUUCCUCUACUCGGCUCUAUUGAUGAUCUUUGUGGAUGGUAUAAUAUUGGCGAUCUUGGGCCGGAUGUUCCAUGGGAGAUGGAAAGUAGUUUAUAA